AUGACAGGAGAAAUGAUUGAGAAUGCCAUAAGAAAUGGAAGGAUAGAUGCAGGAGAAAGUGCUAUAAGGUCUGUGCCACAGAAAAAGGAGAAUGAAGUGAACAAUGCAAAAGUGUGGUAUUCAAAGUCUAUUACUGUAAGUCAGCCAAAGGCCGUAACUACUGGUCAGGGUUCAUCAAGGCAAGAAUCUGGAGCAAGAUGGGGAGGUAUGGGAAAAAGAAUCAAAGUGGAUGUUUCAGAAGUAAAAACUCCUUUGAAACGGGUUUGGAAGGAGAUGGUAAGAAGGGGGUUAGUUACUUCGAAUUUAGAAGGAAGUGAUGAUGAGAUAAAGAAUUAUUGUGAGUUCCAUCAUGAAGAGGUACACGAAAUUCAAGAAUGUGAAGAGUUCAGAGCUAUUAUCCAGGGCCUGAUGGACAACAAAGAAAUAGAAUUUUAUAAAGAGAUUACGGAGGAAGAGUAUAUAUACGCGUCAGAAUCUGUGUCAAGUGUCUCAAAAGUUAAUUAUCCUGUGGUUAUUAGUUCGCGUCCUAAAAAUGAAGCAGCAGUUCAGACAACGCCAAAGAUCAUAAUUCAAAAGCCAGCAGUUUUCUCUUACAAGGAUAAUAAAAGGGUCCCUUGGAGCUAUAAUUGUAAUGUGACAAUCCCAGGAAAGGAGAGUUCAGUCAGUCCGUUAAAGGAGGAUCAAAAUAUGGGAUCUCACACACACAGUGGAAGACGAUAUGAUUUGAAAAAAACCCAAAUAGAAGCUAUGAAAGGAAGAGAUGUGAUGGUCGAACAAAAGAAAGGAAAAGAGGUCGAACCUGGGGUGCCUGUUAAUGAACCAGUGAAAGAAGAAGAAGCUAAGGAGUUCCUAAAAUUUCUGAAGCAUAGUGAGUAUAAUGUGGUGGAACAGUGGCAUAAACAACCAGCCCGCAUAUCUAUAUUAGCUUUGCUUCUAAGCUCAAAAGUACAUCAAAGUGCAUUGAUGAAGAUACCACCAGGAGGAAUAGGGUCUACAAAAGCUUUGCAUAUAACUACCAGAUGUAAAGGAUAUACAUUGCUAGGGGUUCUGGUUGAUAAUGGGUCGGCAUUGAAUGUAUUACCCUUAUCCACGUUAAAUAGAUUACUUGUAGAUAGCUCACACAUGAAGGGAUAUCAGAAUAUAGUGAGAGCAUUUGAUGGCACGGAAAAGAGAGUCAUGGAAAGAAUAGAAAUACCUUUGUUGAUUGGUCCAACUACAUAUGAAGUGGAUUUCUUAGUAAUGAAUAUUAAGCCCUCUUACAACUGUUUGUUAGGGAGACCUUGGAUACAUUCGGCAGGGGCAGUGCCUUCAUCAUUACAUCAGAAGCUAAAGCUGGUAUCCAAAGGACGGUUGGUAACGAUAAAUGCUGAAGAGGAUAUUAUUGCGGUUGUAAGCAGUGAUUCACCGUAUUUAGAGAUAGAUGAGGAAGCCAUUGAGUGUUCUUUUCGAUCUUUGGAGUUUGUAAAUGCAACAUUCAUCACUGAGGGAAGUAGAAUUCUAGAGCCAAAAAUGUCCAAAACUACGAUAAUGGGUUUACACUUAAUCGUAGGACGUGGAGCUUUACUAAGAAAGGGACUUGGGAGAUGUCUUCAGGGAAGAAUUGAGAUCUUAAUGCUGAAAGACAAGCAUGAUCACUUUGGUUUGGGGUUAAAGCCAGAUGCAAGACAAAGGAAAAGAGAAUUGAAAAGAAGGCAGGAAAGAAGAAGAGCACGUGCGAGUGGUGGAGAAAUUAAGUGGGAACCCAUGAUAAUUCCCCACAUUUCCAGGACUUUUGUAUCAGGAGGGAUUAUUUAUCCUGAAUGA